CGCGAUCUCCGAAGUUCUCUAGCUCUCUCGCUCUCUCACUCUCUCACUCGCUCCCAAUCAGCACACGCGCGCGCACAUACACACACUCACUCAUACACUCUCUCCACAGUCAUCGGCGAUUAAAGUUCUCUCUCUCUCGCUCUCUCUCUCCUCACCGUUCCCUGACUCGCCACUCUUAUUUCUACUUGCUGGAAAAAUAUUGUUGUCGAGGAAGGCCCUUCGCUGACGGCGCUCUGGAGGGCGUUCCAGAGAGAGACAGAUUCAAGAGAGAGUGAGGGAGAGACAGAGGAGAACGAGAACGGAACGUUCCAUGUGUUGUUCGACAGUUGAUAUUGUUGUUGUUGUUCUUAUCGUUGGUGUGAUAGAAAAGCGGUGUCGUGUCUUGCCGACUCAUUUGUGUUUGUGAGGUGAUCCUGUGAAGUGUCGUCGUCGCCGCAGUUGCGGCACCAGACUAAAACGACAGUUUUUCGGCGACUUCGAUGUCAAAAUGAGCAUCAAGGUGCGACGAAUCAGCGGCGACAGCGACUGGUAUAGCGUGCUGAUGCAAGGAAAUGCCAUCCUGGAGAAGUUGCAGUUGAUCUUGAGGGAAGAAGGAGAGCAGAAGGAGCCAGGUGUAGAAGGUGAGGGAGGUGAUUCGCCAUCUUCAAGCCCCAGACAUCGAAGAGACAGUGGCAGCAUCACAUCACGAGAUGGAAUGUCUCCCAAAAUGUCUCCCAGACAUUCACCCAGGGAGUCUCUUAACUCGUCACCAGCCCACUUAACCUCUCCUAGAGCUACACCACCUGCUCUUCGCCCUCUGGCAUCAUCACCCCCGUUUAUGCGAGGAUCAGACAACGAGGCCGAUAUUCUCGAUUUCUCUCUACGAAAAUCACCAGCCCCGACCAGAGAAGACCUCCUCAGCAUUUCUUCAAGGUCAUCAUUGGCUGGUUCGCCACCUCCAGGUUUACAGAGACCUGGGGAUUCACCCUUAGACCUAUCUGUACCACGCAAAAGAGCAGCUGAUGCCCUUUUGGAGGCUGCUCAGGGCAAAAUGCACCAUGAACUAGCUAAAGGUUUAGGAGCUUGGGGCAUCCCACUGCCUCCUCACUUAGCUUCUGCUAUUGGACUCAGACCUGAUUUAGCAGCACUAAAACCAGACCUUGGAUUAUGGAAUGGCAAACUUAGAGAUAGCACUGCAACAAAACUUCCUCCAUUUCCAAUGGGUAUACCAACACCAACAGAAGCUUCUAGAGCUUUAGAGAGGAUGAGCGAACUUAGUAAGCUUGGAGGUGAUGGUGGACUUGACUUAUUCAGAGGGGGAUUAACUGGUAAUUCUGGUAGGGCUACAGCUUGGCAGAGCCACUGGCUGAACAAGGGCCAAGAUGCAACUAAAGAUGUACUCAAAUGUGUUUGGUGCAAAGCUUCAUUCAAUACCCUUGCUGAACUUACAACACACAUGAAGGAAGCUAAACAUUGUGGUGUUAAUUUGCCACCACCUGUUCCACCACCUUCGUCAAGUGCUUCAUCAAUUCACACCCACUUGCCUCCACAGUAUACACCUACCAAAUCACAAGUCUCCAAGCCACCCUCUUCAUCCUCUUCAAUAGCCUCUGGAUCAUCGUCUUCAAGUGAUCUCAUGUCAAGCAUCAAGGAAACGAUGCCCUUACCUCGUAAAUUGGUUCGUGGUCAGGAUGUUUGGUUAGGCAAAGGUGCUGAACAGACAAGGCAAAUCCUUAAGUGCAUGUGGUGUGGACAGAGUUUUAAGUCUUUAGCAGAGAUGACACAGCACAUGCAACAAACACAGCAUUACACAAACAUAAUAUCUCAAGAGCAAAUUAUUUCUUGGAAAUCCCCUGAAGAAAAGACCAAUAAUCAGAGUCAUGUAAAUGCAGUGCUUACAUGUAAAGUUUGUGAUCAGGCAUUUGCAUCACUUAAAGAACUUAGCAAUCACAUGGUUAAAAAUGCACAUUACAAAGAACAUAUUAUGCGUUCUAUCACAGAAUCAGGGGCAAAACGAAGGCAGACCCGUGAAAAGCGCAAAAAAUCUUUACCUGUGCGAAAACUGCUAGAGUUAGAGCGUGCACAACAAGAAUUACGUUCUUCAGACAGUUUCAGAAGUGGCAAAGACCAAGGUGGAUCAGGACGUAUUACAUGUGAGAAGUGUGGUGACAAAAUAGACACUUCAUUGUUUGUAGACCACAUUCGUAACUGUGUUGGAACAUCUAGCCGUGAACUGUUGAAGACAGCAUUACUUUCACCAGACAGUGACUAUAGUAAAAUAGACUCAGCUCCUGAAACUGAUAGUGAAGGCAAGAAGACUCCCGAAAAAACUCCUCGUGACAGUCCCCGAGAAAAGGACUUUGACAAACCGAAAAGUGGACGUGGGGCCUCAGAAUCCCCAUCAGUUUUAAAUGCUCUUGAAAAAUUAAUUGAAAAAAGUUUUGACUCGGGCAAAGGGAAACCAGGUGCUGGCCCAUUGGGGUCCAGUAUUCUGCGUAGACUUGGAAUUGAUGAAAGUGCUGAUUAUUCCAAACCUCUAAUGGACCCACAGUUGAUGGGAAUGUAUGCUACAUUCUCCCGACUUCAUGGUGGUCCACCCUUAGGAGUUGGAGCUCCAUCAACUUUCAAUCUUCCACCUUCAUUUGGUUCUGGUGACAGAGGGGCAGGUUUAAGGGGUGUAGGUGAUGCCAUGAUGAGUCCCAGUGCUGAUUCUGACACCCGUGACACAUUCCCUCGGUCACCAUCUCGGCCAGGAUCUCGUCCUGCUUCAACGGGUUCUAUAACUAGGGAUGGCAGUGGAAGUGAAAGAUCAUUGGAACUGCUGCGCCCAGACAGUCAUCAUGCAGCCACACCAGAUGAUUUUGCAACCCCCACUGAAAAUGGCGAAGAUCAUUCUGACAACGAACGUGAGAGUAUCUGUGGUAGAGAAGAAGUAAAGCAAGAAUUACCUGAAAUUAAUGGAGAAAUGAGUGACCAUGAAUCUGUCUCUGCUAAGGAAGAAGUGAGAGUAAAGGAAGAAAUAAGGGUCAAAGAAGAAUUCAAGUUAAAAGAAGAAGGAGAAGAAGAUAAUAAUGACAUGAAUAAUGAACCCGGUCAAGAAUCUCCUUCUGGCCGAUUAUUGGAUUCCCCAGCUGGCUGUAGUAGUAGAUCAGGAACUCCCCAUUCUGAAGCUAGUGUUGGGAGGUCUGGGUCUGCUCUGGGAGCAGCUGGCUUAGGUGGUCUGUCUGCUCUUCUUGGAGGUGGUGGUGAAGGAAGCUCAUCUCAUCCACUAGCAGCUUUACAGAAACUUUGUGACAAGACAGAAACUCAGCCCAGGCCACCACCAGUGAGUGGUGCUUCAACAGGACCUCAGACAAAUCCAGGGGCAAUACUAGCAUUUUCAUGGGCAUGCAAUGAUGCUGUUACAGCUGAUAGCAUAAUGAAGUGUGCAUUCUGUGACACACCUUUCAUCAGUAAGGGCGCUUACAGGCACCAUCUAUCAAAAAUGCACUUUGUGAAAGAUGGUGUAAUUCCUGAAAAUGCAAAUGCUAAAGCAAGUAAUGGAAAGCCACCUCCAAGCAACAGUAAGGCUACGACACCCCCAGCACCACCUGUGGAGGAAUCACCACAUUCGAAGUUCCUCAAAUACACAGAAUUAGCUAAACAGCUGUCCAGCAAGUAGUGCCGGCCGCUAUCCCAGGCUCCCUGCCUCCCUGCCCUCACCCCCACCCACGUCCGCCAAAGACCCCUUACCCCACUCCUAUGCGCCCCAUGUACAGUGUGGCGUGACUCGUGUGUACAGUGUAACUAUUUAUCCUUUGUGAGAGCUUGGUGGCCCCUUUAGUCUUGUGAUACGUGGCAGGUUGGAGGCUGGGGCGGCCGGGCACUGCGUCGUCAUAUCACCCGCCGCCCGGGACCGUCACUACUGGCGGGCGCUGCUCCCGUCCCCCGCCCGCAGGAAAGACACGUGCCAACAAUCAAAACAACCCGCAGAGUACAAAGUGUGUGUUGUGGGCGGGCUGGGUUGUGGCCACGCCCGUAGUAGCGAGGAAGCCCGCGCCCACAGCCGGCCCUGGAGCACAUGGUUCCAGGGGCCUGCAGGCGGUGGUGGAGAGGGGCGCGGCGCCCCCAACUCUGCCCCGGUGCGCCCCUGCCUCACGCUCUGUAUCCUCACACUGCCCUGGGCAAUAUGAUUGUCAGAGGGCUGUUGCAAAACUCUUAAUCGCUCACAGUUGCUGUCACUUUUUUCACAUAGUUAUUAAUAUAUAUAUAUAGAUAUGGUAAGGAUUAAGCUGACAAGGCAAUGAUCAAAUUGAUUGUUGAUAAUUAUUAUGAACACAUCAAUGAUGUAUUAUCCUUUUUACAAUAUGCUGUCUUUGACUUGCUAAAAGUGAUCUCAAUGCUUUUUUUCCUAGUGUAAAAAAAUGCGCCUGACCAAGAGAACCGAAACAUAGGCGAGGCUUGGACCCACCACCCCAGAAGCCUGUCGUCUGACGGGAGCAGCGUCGUUAAGGGCUAAACAUCUAUUCAUACAUAGUACCUACUGUUAUGAAAACAUUCUAGUGCUACUCGUACCAUUAUUUCCACCACUGAUAAGCAUUCACCAAUUUCCAUCAUAACUUUAAGUAACAUAUCAGCACUAUCUGUAAAUUCACCGAAUUUUUUCUUUUUCGUCUUGAGUUCAGAAAUUUGUUGUUGCAAGAUGCAAUGUGUUAGAAAAACAUUAUUUAAUUUUUGUAAAUUAUUGUGGCUUUGAAGUCUCUUGUAAAUAUGAAACACAAAGGUAUACCAGUAUUGAUAUGACAAGUUUAUUUUUAUUUUGGAUAUUCUCCAACAUUUGUUCCUUUAAGGUUUCUAUUUUUUUUCUCAAGAAGAGGGUUAAUGAAGGUGAUUUGAAGUGCAGUCUGGAAACUUGAAAAAUUAAAAUAAUUAAAAUGAAACCCCGUAUACCAGGUGGAGUUUGCUGUCAACUGGAAUAGCAUAAGAGAAUUACCACCACCUUUCAGAAUUUUUUUUUCUUUCUUUAUCCUCUCUCUCUUCACUUCCUCCUCCUCCUCCGCCUCCUCUGCAGGUGCAGAGUUUACCAGGGGCGUUUGCUGUCAACUGGAAAAAUGAAAAGAGAACUAGCACCUUUCCAAAUCUUUAUCCUUUCUUCACUUCCUUUCCCUCUUCGUCCACCACCACAUCCUCCUCCUCCUCCCCCUUCUCCCCCCUUCUCCUCCUCCACCUCCUCCUCCUCCGCAGCAGCAGUUGAGCAAGAGACGCCUGGAAUAAUUCGUACCUAAUGAGAUAGCGCCUAUCUGAAAUGAGUUUCACGAUCCCAGCCGUGAACCCGGCAGUUUCAAAGGCAAGUCAGUCGGAUAUGUUUCGCAUCAAUCAUGGAGAGCCUCUUGAUCACCAGCUCGAUCCUUCACGCCAGUUCUUGUUGCAUAAACCUCUGUGAAAUCCCGAAGCUUCAAGCUUAGUACGCCAGCUCAUUCCGUACUCGGAUGUGUAUGUGUGUGUGUGUGUGUGUGUGUGUGCGUUUGUCUCUAUUAUUGGCACACUGACUUAGAGGGAAAUGUUCACGAGCUUUUCUUUCUUUCUUUGGGUCGUGUUGCACAUGGAAAAUCAAGGACGAAGUUGUUGCCCCCCCAAAAAAAGAAAAAUAAUAAUAAAAUAAAAAUGCCCUUUUAUUAUUCUCAAGAUUCGCAAAAAACGCGUUUUAGUUCGACUAAAACUGCCGUUCCUUUGUUGGUCUUUUGCUAUCAAUCAUAUCAUAGGUGACAGACUUGACAUUUCAACAAGCGAAGGGAUUAAAACUGGCCAUGAUUUGAGAUAACAGCAGCCUUUGAUUGCUGGAACGACGACGGAGCGAUUCAGAAUAAACUCCAGAGAGAGAGAGAGAGAGAGAGAGAGAGAGAGAGAGAGAGAGAGAGAGAGAGAGUGGAGAGUUUGGAAGGACACAAGAGGUGGUAUGUGUGUAUAUAUAAGGCUUAUGAUAACAAUCACUUUCAGUCAGAUGAUGCACGUCAGAUCAACCCCCUGUAAAAGGGUUGUUGGCGGCUCCUAAUUUCGGGAUGAUACAUACUGCCAGUAAUACAAAGGUGAGGAGGGAGGGAGAAGUCAGCCAAUGCGCUCAGUCGUCAAGUCGCUUGAUAAUCAGGGGUUGUCAAGUGUGAUUUAGCAGCCGGCCGCAGCUACAAGAUGCGCAGCCGUGCGUAGGAACUCGUCCUUUUGCCCUUCCACCCUGCCCCCACCCCCCAUUCCCCCUCCUUCUUUUCCCUUAAGAGCAUCCUUCUUCGUCUUCUUCAAUUCCCAUCACGCUUAAAAAAAAGUAAAUCUCAAAAAUCUCGCUCGUUGUCCCAUCACACUAUCCCAUUUUGCGAAUUAAUUACCCAGAAAAAAUUUUAAAAACAAUUCCCGAAAUUUUGGCAGUCCCCACCCACGCCCAUUUACGUCCAGGCCGCGAGGGCAGUAGCGAGAGGAGCUGUGGAUUCUAAAUGUCUUCGAUACCAAAAGGAGGAAUGAACUGACACGAUCAAAGUUACAUUGUCGGCUAUGAGUCUCGCUGUUAAACAUGAGAUAUUUUAUUCAAAGAAUUUUUCUUUUGCACCUCGAAUCUUGAAGGAGGAGUUGUAUGAAUUACCCUGUCUAAGUAACUAAAGCCUCUCUACUUAUUAGGUUUUAUUACUACUUUUAUUCUUAUAUAAGAACAACAAGUAUGAAGUGUUGAUAAAAUAUUGAGCAGUUUUCUGAUAAUUAUAUGAAUGUCAAGAUAUUGUUUGAGCAAAUGGAGAUGGUAAUCAAAAACUUUGUACUUGUGUACUUAUGUAUUCGUACUUGUAAAUAAUUACUUACGAAAUGAAUACGCUCUAUAAAGGACACAUUAGAGAGAGAAAAAACUCUUCUUUCAAUCCUGAGAAAAAGUUAAACGAAUCAGCAAACUGUUCAUUCAUCUCGUUAUGUCUCAAUUUCAUUUGACCAAACUUAAACGUUUCGGUGGAAAUUAACAAUGGUAGAUGCAAAGUAUACAAAUCAAGGUGAUAUUUUUUUUGUGAUGGUUAGCUUGUGGAAAAAAAAAUGUAUGGAAAAAGCGAAAUACACUUGUGUAAUAGAAAAAAAACACACACAAUAUCGAGGUUGUGCGGAAAAGAAAGAGGUUGGACAUCUCCGGCACUUUGUUUCCUCAUACUACCCAAUUAUGACUUCAAUUUAUUCCUGUAUAAUAUGAUAGAUUAUUUGUACAUUGAUAUUUUGUAAGUAUAUUAUAUAUAUUUCUCUUGUGAUAUGUGAUCUACUCCUCUGGGUUGUUGUUAUUGUUAGUAUGUAUAAAUAAAAAACAAACAAGAGUUAGGGCAUGUGUGCGUCAGUCAGCCGUUUGGAUUUGUACAUUAGAUUCAAAAGUUAAGUUUAAAAAAGAAAAUAAUUGAGCUUCGAGUUGAAAGCUGUCACAGUAUUGCCGUAAUCGCACUCCAAAAGUGGCUUCAUCUGGUGUACGCAACUCCAUUCGCUGACCGCACGGACAUCCCCUUCCUCUCCUGGCCUGAUUGUACUUAAUUACAUUGACGACGCUGCUCCACCGCUUAGAACUGGGCAAUGCUCUAUCUUAUAAAAAAAAUGCAUUUUUUUGUCAAUGUAGAAAGUUAAAACUUCGACCGACAGACUAUGCAAAGGCGUUCUAAGAUCCUCGUAGCUUGUCGGUGGAGGUAAAGAUAUGUGUGUGCGCGCGCACGCACAUGCGCGUGUGAGUGUGAGUGCAAGUGCGUGAGAUGUGCUAAAAACAGAGGUUUGAGAGUCCACAAACUCCAGUGUCCAAGUGCCAAUUUAAACUUUUCAAAUAUACGUAAACAUGGAAUUUCUAUCGACAUCGCCCGUAUUUCAAAGUAAAAACCUGGGCCGUUCUAAAAAAACUCCCCUUUUUGUGAGAUGAUGAACCUUUAUAAAAAUGAUCUGUGUAUAUUAUCAUGCUAUAAAUAUAAUUGGACCUAUUCCUGGUACCACGUUUCUAAUUUAUACUUUUUGUUUUUGCCCAAGCUUCUUCCCACGUUUAGAACAAUGAUUGAGAAAUUGUAUCUCACACAUCAGGUCAGAUGAUGAUAGUACCACUUGUAUGUCUUUUUUUACGAACUUAAAAAAACUUCCAACGAAUCUUUUUUUUUUUUUUUUUCCUUUUUUUUUAAGUAUUCAGGUUAAUGUUUAAGUUGUGACCUACCCCGUUACCUUAUUUGAAGGAUUUUCUGUUGAGCGUAGCAGUUUAAGACCUCUAUAUCAGUCCUAUCCACUUCCUUUUAUAACCUUCUUCCCUAUGAAGAUGAAAUCAUUUUUCGUUUCUCUUUCUUAAUCAUUCCCAAAAAACACCCUUUUUCCAGCAAGGUACCCCUGGCAGCAUGAAGAUGAUGAUAAUGGUGAUGUUCAGUAGCAGGCUUCCCGAGUGGCUAAAAAAAAAUUCAAAGUAUAUAAUAUUAAUUCCAGAUUGAAAAAGAGAGGCCGCGAAGAGGCCUCAGUAUUACGACACAUGCGUAGCAGUGCACACACCACUAGUUUUAUCCUAAGUGGUAGAAAGUGUAGUGAGUGAAUUAAAAAAAGGGUGUCCCAUUGAAAUGUAUCUAAGGGUGUCCUGUCAAGAGUGAAAAAAAUUUGUGUAAACAAAAAUAAUGAACGAUUGUACGACUACAAAAUAUAAGAGACUUCUCUCACAGUGUGUGGUGAUUAUAUGAUGAACAAGUAUACAAUUUUCUAAUAAGAUUUUUUUUGUUCAAAAUACAUCAUCUUAUUGCCUCUUGUGAGGGGAAAAUGCAGCCUCACAAUUGACUUUAUUAUUAUUAUUGUUAUGAGCCAUGUGUUCGUAGGACAAUGAGUAUACCAGCAGUGAGGAUCGUCCUCCAAAGCGUAUAUCUUUUUUAUUAUUAUUAAAAUUUCCUCAAACCCUUUAUUUUUUAAUUGUGUAAUUUGUUUUAUGUUUUUGUAAUCCUUGCCCUCUUGAUGAAACCUAUUCCCCUCUUUAUGAAGCACCUGUGGUUCCAUGCUACUACUACUUCUGAUGAUGAGUUAUUGGUUUUUGUACAGUUCCAAGUCCCUAUUUGUAAAUUAUUGCGUUUUCCUCUCUUGAGCUUCCAAUUGUAAAGUUACAAUAAAUGAAAAUAAAGUGUCUGGAGUGGA